UAUACUUUUAAUAUAUUGGUUGAUGCUUUUUGUAAGGAAGGGAAGUUGAAAGAAGCUAAAAAUGUGUUUCUUGUGAUGAUGAAAAAUGACAUAAAGCCGGGUAUUGUUACUUACAACUGUUUAAUAUAUGGAUAUUGCCUCGUUAAUGAAGUGAACAGGGCUAAGAGCAUACUCAACAUUAUGGCCCAAAGGGGAGUGGCUCCUAACGUUUGGAGCUACAAUAUCAUGAUUAAUGGACUCUGUAAGAUUAAAAUGAUGGAUGAAGCCAUGAACCUCUUCAAAGAAAUGCAGUCCAGAAAAAUUGUUCCUGGUGUUGUAACUUACAAUUCCCUCAUUGAUGGUUUGUGCAAAUCGGGGAGAAUUACAUAUGCUUUGGAGCUUGUUUGUGAGAUGCAUGAUAGGGGCCAACCACCUAAUAUAUAUACUUACAGUUCUAUAUUGGAUGCUUUAUGCAAAAGCCAUGAUGUUGACAAGGCAAUUGCAUUAUUGAAAAAAUUUAAAGACUUGGGUAUUCAACCAGAUAUGUGCACGUAUAGUAUUCUUCUCAAUGGAUUGUGUAAAAGUGGACGAAUAAAGGAUUCACAAAAGAUUUUUGAAUAUCUUUUGGUCAAAGGCUACAAUCUUGAUGUCUAUGCAUAUACCAUUAUGAUACAAGGGUUUUGUAACAAGGGCUUGUUGGACGAAGCGUUGGAUUUGUUUUCAAAAAUGAAAGACAAUGGCUGCAUUCCAGAUGCUUUAACUUAUGAAAUAGUUAUUCAUUCCCUCUUUGAAAAAUAUGAAAAUGAAAAAGCGGAGAAACUUCUUCGGGAAAUGAUUGUGAGAGGUCUUCUUUAAGACAGAAACUAGGUGAGAUAUUUUUCUAUUUAAACUUUAUUAUUUUGAAUCAAUGUUUCAACAUUAAUUUAUCAUUUCAAUCAAUUUUGUUAAGUGUGUUUAUACUUCACAAAUUGGUAGAUUGGUGAGUUCCAACUUGAAAGAAAUUUGUAGAAUAUUAAAAUUAUUGUUGUCUUAUGUGUGUUGGUUUUUUUUUUUUUUGUAUUAACUGGAUUACAUAGCUAAUACAUUUAACAAUAGUAAACAUCUUGAUGGUUAACUAUAUGAUAAAAAUUGCAUUUCAAUA